ACUCCGGAUUUAAGCACUACGGUUGGAUCUGGGGCGGCAAACCCUUUAUCAGCCAAUGAGCCAAUCAGCAUCACUGCAUCUUCGGUCUGUCCCUUUCGAAACCACCAAAGUCUCCGUCUCAAUUGAGACUGAUGAUUUCUAUUUUUCCUACGCUGAGACCAAGAAAUUAUCCUAUAAAACGACCGAAACUGAUAAUUUCCACUUCGCGACAACGGCUACCCGGCCAACUUCAACCGUCGUUUCCUUUCUCCCCGCCUCAACCGUGGCUUUUACCAAGUCAGGCUUGAUAAGGAAAACUACACUGCCCGGUUCUAGCUAUACGAUUACAAGUGGUAGGGUGACCCGCGUGUCAACGGUGCAGAUUGUUUGCCACUGUAACGACCCGAUUUAUGUCAAGCCUGACGCGAAUUACGACCGCCACUCGUAGCACUGCGUCCUAGAUGCUAGACCUUGGUGGGGUUGAGCUUCGUGUGCUAGUUUUGAAUUAAUUUUUUUGGAGUUCGUGGUUUGAGGCUUUUUUACGUUGUACCAAACUUUGACGAGCUUGUGAAUUUUGUUGAGGUAGAAGCUAGUCCGUGUUCAAAUGUGUAGAAUUGAGAACACUUGCUGAUAAUUAAGGUGCUGAGCUCGGAAGAUUGAAUUCUCGACUUGUGUUGUUGUGGAGCGCUAUCGAGUUUAUUAAUUA